CAAACAGCGCAACACAAUAAUAGUACGAGCAGCCUGAGAGAAAGAAAGAGAAAAUCAUAAGAAGGAAAGAAAGAAGAAAACAUCCAUUUUCUUGAGAGACAGAGAAAGAAGGGGUUCGGAGAUCUUGCCAGAUCGGGACCAAAAAAAAAAAAACUCGUCAUGGGGAGGGAAGUUACUGGUAUAAAGGCGGGGAACGGAGAAAUGGAGAAGAAGGUGGUGGAGAAGAAGAUUAACAGUGUCGUGGUGACUUCAAUUGGUUUUACUCGUGGUAAGGUCCGCGUUGCUCCCAAAGUUUCAGAAGAAAGCAUUGAGUCAAAGGAUUCCAAGGUGAAGGACCCUGUCGGAGAAAACGAAGUAGCUGUGGAAUCUGAGGAGACGCAAGAUGUGCUGGCUGUUAAGAGUACAAAUCCUGUUCAAAGUCCAGAGUCUCCAAAUGCAGCGUCUCUGAAGAGUUCACAGCCAACUUCUCAGUCGUCACAAGAGGGCGCGGAACAUGAUAAUAAGAAGCAUGCUAAUGAAGAAGAUAAUUGGUCUAUGACUUCCUCAACUGCUGCAUCAAGAACACCUAAUUUCAAGGUUACGGUUGGACAAGCUCCCACGUUUAGGAUCUAUGAGCGUAUAGAGAAAAGGAAGGAGUACUACUCAAAGUUAGAGGAAAAGCACCAAGCUAUGGAGGCAGAGAGAAGCCAGUGGGAAGCAAGAGCCAAGGAAGAGCAAGAAGCAGCCAUCAAGGUGCUGAGGAAGAGCAUGGUGGUCAAAGCAAAUCCGGUACCCAGUUUCAUUUACGAGCCCCCUCCUCCUAAGACCGAACGCAAGAAGGCUCCACUCACUCAGCCCAAGUCACCAAAAUUUAACAGUCUAAGCCGGAGGAAGAGCUAUGGUGAUGCAAUCACCAACUCAUCCGCGGAGGAAAAAAAGAAGGGCUGUUCUCGGCCACAACGUCACAGCCUUGGUACUCAGAAAGAAACUUCCCCCGCGGCUCCCAGAUGUAAGGCUCAGUCUGGAAGGCGAAACAGCCUUGGCAGUUGCAAGACCAAAGACCAUCCAAAACACGAAAAGGAAACAACCGAAACAUCUCCAAAGACCGCGGAGCAGACAUCAGAGUCGAACCACGAUGGACUUGAAAGCUUCUUCUAACGUCGAGUGGAAAAACGAAGGUCUUGAAUUUGGCAGGUUUACCAUUUGGAUGUACUGAAGAGAUUAGCUUUUGUUUUACUUUCAUCCACAAAUGACUUGUUUACUUGGGUUUGUGUUAGUUGUGAAUUGUAUAUGGUUUUGUAAGCUAAACCGGUAACUGGUACAUAUCUCGUUUGUAUAAAAAUGAGUUUUCGAUUAUGUUA